AAGAUAAACGUGAUAUAAUCACAAUUUCUGUCCCCCGAGGAUUCAUUGCACCGCGUACCCAGAUCAUUUUAUCUGGAGAGGAUUUGCAGCAGGUUGCUACGUGUAACUACAUCGGCAACCAGGGAAUGCUGUUUGGAAUGAUGUAUACUCUUCUUUAAUCUAAUUAACCUUAUAUCAAAUUAUAGUUAAAUUAUUAUAAGGCACUAACACUUUUUUUUGGCAGGCACAUAUGGGAGAGCAUCAACGGUCUGAGAAAAAUUUUCAAGUUUUACGACCCAGAGCUUCUCACAGUGCAUGGGAUCAGCGAUGAAGAACAGAGUCAGUCUUUUGACGAUGCGGCAAGACGAUUGGCUAAUUGGUUAUCAUUAAUGAACAGCAACCACCAAAUGUUCUUUAUUCCUUGGAAUAUCGGGUAAACUUUAUUAAAUUCUUUAGUGCUAAUUGUUCAUUUCUAUAUUAUGUCUUCAAAUUAUUUUUAUACUAUCUUACUUAUAUUCCAAUAUAAUUUUCUAGGAUGCAUUGGACGCUAGUGGUGGUUGCGCCAAAGAAAAUUAUCCAUUUAAACCCUCUAAAAGGCCGCCCAAUUCCCGAAGAAAUAGAACAAAUGAUCGGAAGGGCAUUCAUGUAUAUAGGGGACGCACAUCAGUAUCUUGGCCCGUGGCAAGGAAUUUCACAAGCAAACUGUCCAAGACAACCUAAAAGCCAAGAAUGCGGUUUUUAUGUUUUGAAAUAUAUCACUGACAUCGUCGCACGUGCCAACCCCAACCGUUACAUAGAAGAUCAAAAAGCUUUUGGGGGUAAGAAGCAAUACGAUCCAAAAACAGAAAUUUUACCACUACAGCGAAAGUGGAUCGAACAAUUGAUGGCGGUGAUUCACGGUGACGAUUGAGGUUCAAAGGUCGAAGAAUUUUUCUUCAUUAUGUAAUUUUUAUAGAUUAACUUGUAAUUAGAUUUAUUAACUUAUUAAUAUUUUUAACUAAUUUUACAUGUUUGUGUAAUAUUUAAUUAUUUUUAUGAAAUCAAAUUAUGUUUUUACCCAAA